AUGCCUUCUUCUCCUCCUCCGAAGAAGAAGAAGAAAAACAAAUCUCUCCUCGUAAUCCUUUGUUCGUUCUGUUUCUUCUUCUGGUUCAAACCGUCCGAACCGUUUUUAGUUCCGUAUUUAGUCCACACGAAAGGCUUCUCGAUUCGAGAAAUCAACGAAGAGAUUUUCCCGGUGUACGUGUACGCGUUCUUCGCGUGGACACUUCUGAGCGGACCGAUUGCGGCGAAAUACGGGUCGAGAUUUAUGCUCAGAGUGGGGGUUUUGUCUGAAUUUGUCGUCAGAUGGGUGCUAAUAUACGGGGAAAGCUUGCAUGCUAUGCGGUUUAUGCAAGUGUGUUUUGGAGCGACGAUCGCGAGCUUUCCGUUUGCGUUUAGUUACGGGGUGGAGAUUUUUAGCAGCGCGACGAAUACGGAGCUAGAGGAGGAGGAUUUUGAAGAUGACGACGUAAGCGAUACUAUUGACAACAACAACAACACGUAUCAUUGCGACGAAAAGAAGGAGAACGAAAAGCACAACGGGGACCAAACCGGGUACAUCAGCGCGACGUUUGCGACGAGUUACGCGUUCGCCGGAAUCGUCGGCCAACUGGCGGUGUCGUUCGGCAACCGGCCGGCGAAAGCGGAGGAUCGAAUAGCCGAGUUGUUUUGGGUGAGUUUAACGAGCGUAGGUUUGGCAGUUUUGGUGGCGUUUUUCGUGUUGCCGGAUGUUAGUGGUCGGAAGAGUCAGAGGGAGAGGAAUUUUAGCGAGAGGAGAGGUAGCGAUGGUAGAUUUUCGGCGAUAGGGGAGACCGUGGAGACGAUGAGACUGGCGUACUCGGAACUGGGGACGAGGUGUUUGUCCAUUUACUGGGUCGUCGCUUCAGCUGGGCUUAACUUCGUGCAAACGUACGGUUCGAAUUCGUGGUAUGAAACUGACGCAGAUUCUGGUGUAGAUAACGGGUACUUUGUUUUCAUCGCGCAAAUUUCUAUCGCCACCGUCUCUUUGUUCGCUCGCGCGAGAGUGGUGAGCGAAGAUUUCGGCAAUCGACCUGGAUUCUAUUCUUUGUGUUCAAUUUUCGGAUUUGUUGCGGCGCUCUUGUCGGGGCAUUGGGGGAGUGGACCAACGAAAAAUCUCGGGUCUAAAGUUAUAGCCAUGUUCGUUUUCUACGUAAUUUUAACGUCCGCGGUGAAUUUAGGAUUACUCGUGUGCUACGCGAGAGCGAGCGCGUGUAUUUCCGACGGGUUUGAACGGAGGCGAGAGGAAGAAAAGAAGAAACGAGCACUCACAACUCCAGAGGCGAUCAAUAAUAGUAAUAAUAACAAUAGUAGUAGUAACAAUAAUAGCGGUAACGAUCGUGAGCUUGGUGAACAGUUCUCCUCCGUGAAAGAAAAAGCUUCCAUCCGAAUGCUUUUCGGCAUGAACGGCAUCUUCGCCGCGUUUACGUUGUGCAUUCUUCAAGCGGCGACGACAGGCGAUUCCGCGAAAACGAUCGUCAGGGUGGGCGCCGCGUUUAUACAGAUUGGAGCGGUUAUAAACGCAAUCACAACUAGACUCGUUGGCUUGAAGAACGGGUACACGUGUUCUAAGUUUGAAGAAAACGAGAGGAGACGGAAAGGAGAAAUAGGAGGCAGGGACAGUCAUGAAAUUGAGCUCCACCACGCGCGAGUGUAA